CUAAUCGAAUGUUUACGUUUUUUUGGCGCGCAUUGUUUUCUGCGUCCUUUUAAAACUUAAAAAAUCCUCCAAUAUCAGCGUAGCGCAAAUGCCAGAAGAAAAUGCAGAUCUAGCCGGGAUAAGGCGCUUCUUGAAGGAGCGCCUGCAGCGGGACUACACCACCUUAAGGGGCUACGCGGAAGAGCGGGCCAAUGUGCGCCAACUGCUGCAACGCACGGCGGAAAUGGGAGAAUCCAACUCCUUGCUGCUCAUUGGACCGCGGGGAUCCGGCAAGACCACGCUCAUCAACGCCGUGUUGGCGGACCUGCUGGCCAAGAAGUCGUUUGUGGAGAACACACUGAUCGUGCACCUGGACGGGAACCUGCACACGGACGAUCGCGUGGCCCUCAAGUCCAUCACCGUGCAGAUGCGGCUGGAGAACGCCGCUGAUGGCCGGGUCUUCGGCUCCUUUGCCGAGAACCUAGCCUUUCUGCUGCAGUGCCUCAAGGCGGGCGGCAAGCAGUCCAAGAGCGUGGUCUUUAUCCUUGAGGAGUUCGACCUGUUCUGCGCCCACCACAACCAGACGCUGCUCUACAAUCUCUUCGACGUCUCCCAGUCCGCCCAGGCGCCCAUCUGCGUGCUGGGGGUCACCUGCCGUUUGGACGUGAUCGAGCUGCUAGAGAAGCGGGUCAAGUCACGCUUCUCUCACCGGCAGGUCUUUCUGUUCCCCAACUCAGAGCGCUUCGAGGAGUACGUGACCCUGUGCCAGGAUCUGUUGACUCUUCCAAGCAACAACUCACUCUUGGAGGCGGCAGAACGGAUUGAUAAUCUACAAAGGAUCCGGUCGGAUGUGCUCUGCUUUGCACUCAACCAUUUCGACCCCGGGGAUUUCAGCUUCCAGCCCAGAACCCGCGAAAUGUGGAACAAGCAGGUCACCAAAGUACUUGCCACUCAACAGGCUAAGCGCACUUUGCAAGCGCUAUACGACUUUGACAUUAGCGAGGCCUUCCUCAAGAACUUCCUGUUCCGCCUGGUGGCACAGCUCCGUCCGCAAUGUCCCCACAUAACCUCAGAGAAAAUUGCUGCUCUGGGAGCGCAGUUCGAGGGCGACGACAAGAUCGAGCUGCUCUGCGGGCUGUCGGUCCUGGAGCUCUGCCUCAUCAUCUCCAUCAAGCACCACUCGGAGAUCUACGACCGCGAUCCCUUUAACUUCGAGAUCAUCUUCGCCCGCUUUUCCAAGUUCGCCAAGCUGUCCACCACGAUGCAGGGCGUUGAGCGGUCCAUUGUUUUAAAGGCCUUCGAGCACUUGCGCAUCGGGGAGCUGAUCAUGCCGCUCUCCGGCGGAAGCGGCGGUGGUGUGGGCAAGGUGCAGAAGGAGUUCGAGAUGCAUAAAUUGGCCCUGACCUACGGCCAGAUCCAGCAGGCGGUGCAGAGAUACCAGGCCCUUCCCACGGAGGUGGCUCAGUGGGCGCAAAGUUCCCUGAUCUAGCACGCCCUCAUUUCCUUAAAUUUAUUCCUUAAUUGUUUUAUUUAUUUAUUAUUUAAAAUUAAGUUAAAGCUGGGUUUAUUUUUAAUCUCAGAUUAAUAUUAACUACAAUUUGAAUUUAUUUUUGUAAUGAAAUAAUUCUUAGUCUAGUAUCUUAAGCGAAUUG